CAGUCUCAUAUUAUAGUGGCGAGGUCAUUCCGAACAUUUUUGCCAUGUCCAGCGCAGCCGAACCUAUCGACGACGAUCUCUAUCUGGAAGGGGACAUGGAAGCCUCACAGCCUCUCAACGGCAGUAGAGUCGUUGCGACGCCGCCGCGCAGCCACCGCAAGCUGCUGAUCAUGUUACCGCUGCUCGUAGUCGCCGGUAUGACGGCUGUCGCUCUUGCGACGGGAUAUCUCAGCAAUAACAACAGCAAUACCUUCGACUUAUCCACGUCCAGCUCGCUCAAGACUUCUCUUAAUAGCGAUGGCAGCGGUGGUGUACCCGAGGACGGCGACAUCGUGAUCCCCCACCCGGACUCGCCCUACUAUCAGCGCGGCGAGCGGUUCGACCGCAGCGUCAUGCGCGACCGUGCUAUCAUGAUCUGCAUGCACAAUGGCGUAUUGGCAAUGGGUUUAUCACUCAUUCGAGAGUUGAGGUGUCUGGGUAACGAGGAACUGAUCCAAGUGUAUCACUGCGGGCAGGACGAACUGUCGGUAAAGUCGAGAAACAUUCUGUUCGCAUCCGACAACCGCAUUGAACUGGUCGACGUGUGCUCGGAUUUGGCGGACAAAAAGAUCCUUACUCAAGAAACAGCUAAGAAAUUCAAGAAUUGGUGGGUUAAACCGUUGGCAAUGUACCACACAGACGUGCGGCAUGUGAUGCUGAUGGACGUGGACGACAUUUUCGUUAAGAACCCCAUUGUUCUGCGGGAUGCGGACGGAUAUAAACAAACGGGAACGUUGUUCUUAUACGACCGCGUAUUUGCCGAUUGCAAGGAAUUUGUCAACGAUAUUGACAAUAAGGAGAAAUAUCUGCCCAGACUGUUCCGAACUUUUAACUACGACAAGUUUAACAUCACGGAAGGCGAGGAUCCGUCCGAACAAGUGCUGGAUUCAUUCGCUUACAGAGGCAAAACGUGUCAUGAAAUGGAUUCUUCCUUAGUCCUAAUCGACAAGAAACGCGUGGGCCAAACCGUGUUCGACGUCAUGUUCUGGUUCAUCACCCAGGAGCGUUUCCGCUUCAGAUAUUCCCAUGGAGAUAAGGAGACAUUCUGGCUCUCGUUCGAGUUGGCGCAUGUACCGUAUUCCUUCUCUCCGUGGGGUGUGAGUGUUGUUUCGUCGACGCCCAAUAAGGACAUGGCGAAGCACCCAGACUCACUCUGUGGCAGUAUCUUGCAGUAUAUGCCUGUUGCAUCAAAAGAUGCCGAGAUGCUGUACGUGAACGGCAAGGCGUUGCUAGACCCGUACCCGCAGGGUAUCGACUACGUGCCCAAGGCGCAGUGGAACAACAUGUUCAACACGUUCCCGACCCACAUGACGCCACGCCAACCACGCACGGAGCUGAACAAAACUGGUCAUGGAAAAAUGUACACCGAAUGCCUCAUCGGUCUCGGAGCUACGCCGUUGCCCACCACAUUCGCUGGAAUGCUAUUACGCCGCCGUCUCCACUAUUUAGGUAUCAAGACUGGCGUACUCGGCUCACUAGAACACUGCGAGACGUUCCAGGUGCGUCGACUGUUAGAGCAGUCCGAUGUCAACCACCUAGUCUAAGUAAUAGUCCAUAUCAAGUAUCAAUAGAGUCUAACGUCGAUGCAAACGCUGCUGACGUACUUGAAGCACCCCCUGGCUCUGACC